AUGUUUUACAGUCACGAGAUUCUCACCAACCAGGCGCAUGGCGUCGCAACCGUCUGGGUGUACUCCCAGCAAUGCCAUUAUGUGCUCACCGACGCCGAAAGGGUCCAGGCGCAUAUGCGAGCCUUCUAUAGUGCCUUGGGCGGACGUGACAACGCUCUUGAUCCCCAAGCUGGAAAAUCGAAGCGCGAGGAACUUAUCCUGCAAGACGAUCCGGAGUUUGACCUGAAUACCGACCUUCCCGCCUUCCACUUCGACGAGGACGGCAAUUUAGUCGUUCCACGAGGCAGUCAAUCUUCGCGCAAAACCUCGUCUCAGCUUUCGCCGCUUCAGGGAGACGGUUCUUUCUCCGGUUCAAACCGCUCCUUCCUUGCCGCUUUCGACCUCUCACACUCCCCAUUAGGCGGUGAAAACUCUCUAAUUGGGGAAGCAUUCGGGGCGGGAACGAUGACGCCUGGCAAGGGAGAUGACGAUCUGGUUCCGUUUGGUGAAGAUGAACGCGAGCUCCAAGCAAUCGAUGACUGGGGCAUCGAGAUUGACGCCGAUGGGAAUAUCAUACCGGUGCUUGAGGAACCCCAGCUGCCUCGGCUUCCGCACCCAGAAGAGGAAGAAACUGCGCAGCUCCAAGAGGAUGAGUUUAUGCCAAUCGACGAUCAGGGCGACGUGAUCAUGGGCGGCACCGGCGACAUCUUCCACUCCGACCCGCCUAUUCCACUGCGGCAGGAGCAGCAGCAGCAAAACCAACAGGGAAACCAGGGGUCUGAGCGAGAGCAAGAUGAGCGGGAAGCUGCAGCCCAGGAAGAAGCCAGCUCCCGGCAGGCUCAAGUGCGCGCCCGUCGUCAACGGCGUCGUCCGAUCUUGGCACCCGACGACCAAACCAAGAUUUCUCGGCAGGAGCUCAAGUCGUGGUCCGCCAAUUACCUUGCCAACGCUGAGCAGGCAAGCCAGACGCGCCGUGGAGUCACCGCCACCGAAGCCCGCCAAAACGCCUUCAACCUCGUCUUUGGCGGAGGCAUCGCCAGGGUCGGCGUUCCCACCGGCAUUCCAGGGUUCCCCCAUCCCCUGGCGUCGCACUUUGCGGGUGAGGGACUGCAGGCUCGCCUUCUGGGGAUCAUCGUCACGCAUCCCGACGGCGAAGACCCUGAGGGACCACGCGGACGUCGCCGCUCAGCCCUCGAAGCUCUCGAACUGGAGGAAGAUGAAGCUCCGCGGCGUGUCCGCCGCCGACUGAGCGAGGAGCCGUCCCAAGACAAUCAGCACAGCCAGCCACAGCUUCCUCAGCCCGAUGACGGCCUCCCGCCCCUCCUCGGCGACGACGAACUUCCCCCUGUAGAGGUGGGCAGACGAGCCGAAUUCGUCCUGCCCGACAUCCCCUCGGACACGCCCUGGAACCGCGGCUCCUCCCAGAUCCCCAGCUCCUCGGUCAAGGGAGGCGGCAGCAAGCCGCCCAGCCGCCAGGUCAGCGCCAGCCCGCUACACGGACGGGGUAACCGCAGCCUCAUGCCAGGAGAUGAAAUCGAGCGCUACAGCGACAACGCGCCCUUCCCCGGCUCCGACGGCUUCGAGCCACUACAUUCCGGCCCCGCCGGCAGUCUGCUCUCAUCUCCGCUCUUCCCCGGCGGAACGGCACAGUCGGCCUCCCAGAUCAUGCGCCACGCGCUCGACCGCGAGGGCCAGAACUUCCUCGACUACGUCGCGGCCAUUGCCAAGGAGCACGGCUCGCUCGACGCGCCCGCCACCAUUGCCAACACCGGCAGCGGCAGCGGCAGCGUCAGCAGCCCCGCCAGGCGCUGGAUCGAAUUCGACCGGCUCUUCGAGCCCGAGGACAGGACGCGCGCCGUCGCGGCCCAGGCCUUCUACCACGUCCUGUCGCUCGCGACUAAGAGCGUCAUCAAGGUCGCGCAGGACGGCCAGGGCGGCACCGAGCCGUUCGGCGUGAUCCGCCUGGGCGUCGACACUGGGAUAGAGGAGGAUGGCGAUGAACAGGAGCAGCAGCAGGAGGAGAUCCUCGGCGACUGA